GCGCCUGAGCGACGGCCGGGAGCUGCCGGGAGUCGGCUGCCAGCGAACCUCCAGCCCCGGCCUCGGUGCUCGCUGCCCGCGGCACUGCCACUGCCGCGCAGGGUGAGUGCUCCAGAAAACGCGAUGUCAGAUAAAGGGAGCAGCAUGGAGGGGAAGACGGACAUAGUGAAUGGCAGCUUGUCCAGCAGCCCGGAGGAGAUGUCAGCUGAAGAGGGCCGAGAAACAUCCUCUGGCAUCGAGGUGGAGGCCUCCGACCUCAGCCUGAGCCUCACGGGAGACGAUGUGGGGCCCAACCGCACCAGCACAGAGAGCCGGGACACAGACACAGAGAGCUCGGGGGAAGAGAAGGACUCUGACAGCAUGGACGACACGGGCCACUACUCCAUAAAUGAGGAGAACCGUGCUCUUGACCGGUCGCACUCAGAGGAGGAAGAGGAGGACGAUGAAGAGGAGGAGCAGCGGUCCCACCGCCGUGCCCAGCGCAAGCGUGCCAACCAUGACCAAGACUCCUCUGACGACGAGCAGGCCCUGGAGGACUGGGUGUCCUCGGAGACCACGGCGCUGCCUCAGCCCCGCUGGCAGGCAGUCCAUGCCCUCCGGGAAAGGGAGCUGGGCUCCAGCGCCCGCUUUGUCUACGAGGCCUGCGGGGCCAGGGUCUUUGUGCAACGCUUCCGCCUCCAGCACGGCCUGGAGGGCCACACGGGCUGCGUCAACACCCUGCACUUUAACCAGCGCGGCACGUGGCUGGCCAGCGGCAGCGAUGACCUCAAAGUGGUGGUGUGGGACUGGGUCAGGAGGCAGCCGGUGCUGGAGUUUGAGAGCGGCCACAAGAGCAACGUCUUCCAGGCCAAGUUCCUCCCCAACAGCGGCGACUCUACUCUGGCUAUGUGUGCUCGGGAUGGCCAGGUCCGGGUGGCCGAGCUCUCAGCCACCCAGUGCUGCAAAAACACCAAGCGCGUGGCACAGCACAAAGGAGCUUCGCACAAGCUGGCCCUAGAACCGGAUUCUCCAUGCACUUUCCUAUCAGCAGGUGAAGAUGCUGUAGUCUUCACCAUUGAUCUGAGACAAGACCGGCCUGCCUCGAAACUGGUUGUGACAAAGGAAAAGGAGAAGAAAGUGGGUCUGUAUACCAUCUACGUGAACCCAGCCAACACCUACCAGUUUGCUGUGGGAGGCAGAGAUCAGUUUGUCAGGAUUUACGACCAGCGGAAAAUAGACGAGAAUGAGAACAACGGCGUGCUAAAGAAGUUCUGCCCUCACCACUUGGUGAACAGCGAGUCCAAAGCCAACAUCACCUGUCUCGUCUACAGCCACGACGGCUCGGAGCUGUUGGCCAGCUACAACGAUGAAGACAUUUAUCUCUUCAACUCCUCUCACAGCGACGGAGCGGAGUACAUCAAGAGAUACAAGGGACAUCGCAAUAAUGCCACUGUGAAAGGCGUCAAUUUUUAUGGCCCGAAAAGCGAGUUUGUGGUGAGCGGCAGCGAUUGCGGCCACAUCUUCCUGUGGGAGAAAUCAUCCUGCCAGAUCGUGCAGUUCAUGGAGGGCGACAAGGGAGGAGUGGUGAACUGCCUGGAGCCCCAUCCCCACCUCCCCGUCCUGGCCACCAGCGGCCUUGACCACGACGUCAAGAUUUGGGCACCUACGGCAGAGAAUCCUACCGAGCUGGCCGGCCUCAAGGAGGUGAUCAAGAAGAACAAGCUGGAGCGGGACGAGGACAGCCUCCACCACACCGACAUGUUCGACAGCCACAUGCUCUGGUUCCUCAUGCACCACCUGCGACAGAGACGCCAUCACCGGCGCCGAAGAGAGCCGGGAGCGCCAGAUGGCGACUCGGACGAGUCUCCCAGCUCCUCCGACACCUCGGACGACGAGGAAGAGGGGCCGGACCGGGUGCAGUGCAUGCCGUCGUGAGCCCCCCCCAGCCUGCGGCCGGGGCGGGGAGGCUCCAGGCACACAUGGUCCCUACUAACACUUUGAGCUUUGUAUUGACUUGUUACGGACCC